AUUGUUUUGGAUGGUCUUCCAAACGUCUUAUAGCGUUACGUCUUGACAGCCCAAUUCGUGCCGAAGUGUUGUUGUUAUCAACCAUAGUGCUCUGCUCGGUGCCCGGCUACAACCUAACCGGUCCAUACUUAAAGCAAACAGAUCCUGGAAUUUCUUCACGCUCUCCUCCACAUGCUUUCCGCCGGGGCCCGUACGCUGGUCAGCUCCCGCUGCAACCGUCGGGUUGCUAAUACAGCGUGCAUGGCCGGCCAGUACACGUACCAAUAUCCGCGCCCCGCCCUUACAGUGGACACUGUUAUCGUGUCCAGGCCCAACGGGGGCACACCAGCGCAGCUGCUGCUGAUUAAACGAAAGAACCCACCAUUCAAGGAUUGCUGGGCCCUGCCCGGCGGUUUCGUAGACGAGGGCGAGUCGCUUGACUCCGCCGCGGGUCGCGAGCUGCAGGAGGAGACCUCGGUGGACCCGGGCCAGGUGGCGCUCACGCAGGUCGGCGCGUUCGGGGACCCGGGGCGCGACCCGCGCGGCUGGACGGUCACGGUGGCGUAUGCGGCGCUGGUGCCGUCCACGCAGCUGGGAGUGAAGGCGGCGGACGACGCCAAGGACGCCCGGUGGUUCCCGGUUGGCUCGCUGCCGCCGCUUGCCUUCGACCACAAGCUGGUGGUGCGGUCCGCGCUGAGGCACCUCGCGGCAAGCAGCGAGGCGCAGCAGGCGGAGGCCGGCCUGCCCGCCAGUCUGGAGGAGGCUGCGACCAAGCUGGACGGACCUUGGAGGACGGAGGAGCACCACCCGCCCCGCCGGACAAAGGGGCAGCACGGCGGCUAGGUAGGCCCCGGGGUAGGGCUUGUCGGGGCAUGCGGCACGGUGUUCUGACGCAUCCGGCAGUGGCGGGCUGAAGCCAGAGGCACCCGGGACCUGCAGCAGCACAGCAGCGGCGGCGGCGCAGCCAGGCGCGGUGGUAGGGCCUUGAGCCGGGGGUCCCGAAGUGCUCAAAGUGCUCCUCCUAUCCUUACAUGGCAGUACAACCGCCGGCGUGUUCAAUGGCGCGGUUUGCCGAGGACUAGGUAGGCUGCGAUCUGGUGGAUACGGGCACGUCAACGCAGAUGCAUGGGGCAAGCAUGUGGGUGUCGAGUGCUGCAGGGAGGUGGAAGGGGCACGCGUGCACGUGGCGAGGAGGCAAAGUGGGGCCACCGCAGGGGGUGGUGGUGCAGGGAGCCAGGCGGCAUGGGGCUGAAGGCUGGAAUGUUGGGGGGAAAGGGCCCUCCUGUCGUCCACAAGGGAGGGGGAACUGCAUGCUGCCCGAACUGGGUUUCAUGUGGCAUAGGUACUGCUUAAGGAGGUCGUUCUGCCGACUUUUGAAGUCGUUCAUGCGCCCAGCUGCGCUAUUGGCUUGCAUGUGUGCAUCGGUGUGUGUUUCAUUCUGUGCUGCCUAGGUGUCUUACCAGGUGUGCAGCUUAGCCUUGGAGGCCUUAAUUGGGCUGGAGCCAGGCACCCAGGACUUGCAGCAGCAGCGCAGCAAGCCGGGCGUUAGGGCCUUGGGUUCCUUUUCGCAGUGCAGGUUCUACUGGCUACAUGACCAUGGCAGUGCAAAAGUGGUGUGGGUUGCCAGGGGCUAGGCUGCUAUCUGGCAAAAGCUAUGCGCGCCUGUUUGGCGGGUUUGUUGCGGGCAUGCAGGUUGUGCGCACGUUGGCGAUGUGAAGGGAAGUCAUGCAGCAGCAGUCCAACUGUGUAGAACUGGUGCGGUGCGGCACACGAAAGAAGAAAAGACGACGAUGUCCUUGUCCUGGCUGUACGGUACAAGUCAUGUACAAAACUUUACAUCAUGUAUGUACAACAUCCUAUGGUGCACGGGUAGCAUACACAAGUGGUUCAAUUACAUCAUUGUAAGCAAAGGCAGCAAGGAGCUGCAACCCCG